UGGGUUACUCUGCCAUGUUGUACCAACCCAACCCAAUGCCCAUGGCUAAGUAUUUGGGCUUCACCAUGGCCCAAAAAAGUCGACGGUUGAAAUGGAGAGAGAGACGGAAUCGUCGGAGAACUUGGAGAAGAAGAGAAGUUCAGUCACUGCAACCAUCAAACUCCAUUGUUUCUCAAUCCACCUCUUUUUAAUUCUUGCUGUUCGCAUCACUUGCUCCUCCUCCGCCGUCGACGGCGCUGAUUUACUGCUGCUCAGCUUCCGAAAAUGAUGUCACCAAGGCCAAUGACUGAGGAUCGAGGAUCUUCGCCUCAUUUCAGUCCCUAGUCAAGGGAUGCUGCGGGUUACAAUUUGGAUGCCGUGGUUUUCUAGCUUAUCUUAUCACCAACUCGACGCUGCUGGAUUCUGGAAUGGUCACAACAUUACUUGUAGUUUAAGUUUUAUUUCAAUUUAUUUGUAGGAAGUGGCUAUAAUGAAUUGGGGAAAACUUGAAAUUGCUUGAGUGAAAUGAUUGCACAGCCUUAACCACCAUGCGAUUCCUCCAAUUUAGUUUAUGGGGAAAGCAGUAGUCUACGUGUUUUCCUCUUCCUGUUUUAAACACACUCAAGUCCUAGCAAACAUUGGUGUGCAAACUUUUGCCAAAAUAAUCCUGAAUAGUUUUAUUGAUUCAAUAGGCUGCUAGCUAUUUUAUGCUAUCUCGGGUGGGUAUGGUUUAGUACAAAGUUGUAUCCUUCUCUUAUUGUAUGAUUGCUAUUUCAUGCUGAUGACACCUUCUUUGCAGACAUACACCAUUGCAGAUAAUCCACAUGGUUGGAAAUUUCUUUCGUAUAUGGUCAAUCUAUUCCAUGUAUCGCUAUUUUUCUCAGACUGGAGCUUCAGUUGUACUUUUUCUAUUUUGUUGUUUGGCCCCAGCGGCCAUCAUAUUUUUAACUUUGCAAAAGCCUUGGAAGGGAAAGCCUCUCUCGAACACUCAGUUCCUUCUGUGAUAAAUGGUGCCAUUACCGCUUUGUACUUUAUCUUGUGGGGAAAGGGUCUUAAAGCCUGUGGACCUCUGAGGGCUAUACUUGCCGAGUAUUCUGGUGCUGUUCUUGGAGUGCUUUCGGCUGUUUUGUAUGGUCGGAGGGGCUUUGUUUGGAAAAAGGUUGGCGGUCUCAUUGCAAUGUUGGUAUCUUUCUACUUCUUAUCACAAGGGUGGGCCAUGGCCACACAUUUUCCCUUCUCUCGGAAAGAUGGCUUUGACUCUAAGGAUCAGACAGAACAAGUGUUGGGUUUGAAAGAAAUGCUAAUACCCAUCUUUGCUGGAAUUUUAUCAGCAUUGCGAAGGGUCAUUGCUCGGCGUGUUUCACUUAAGAAUCAACUUAAAAGACGACUUCAUGCUAUAACAAUGGCUUCUGCGACUUGUUUUCUCUUUCCUAUAGCCAUGUGGGACAUGAUAAUUGGAUCAACUUCUGAUAACGGCAGAGAGCUUCCUUUCUCUACUUGGGCAUUUUUAAGCACCAUAAUAUUUGGUGUUAUUCUUAUAUUCUACGUUGACAGCAUUGCUGAAGAAAGACUGCACAUGGUUUUUUCUUCUCCAAGACAUUUGAUGGUAGCUGGUGGAAGCAUCAUUCUUCUGGAGAUUGUAUACAAGAUGGAUUUUUCUCUGGUCGGCUUCGUUAUCUGCUGCUCAAUUUUGGGGUUUGGGAUAUAUGAAGCAACUUCUUUAGACCGCAGUAGAAAAGAUUCUUCUCGGUAUCACGAUACAUCAAAUGAUCUGUUGGACAACCAGGAUCAAAUGCCCUCACUUCCAACUUGAUUACACAGAAGAUGACGGUUUGGCCCAUUGUUACAACUGUUGUAAGGCAGAAAGACCUUUCUUACUUGGCUGCCAAGUGCUGUACUGAAUUGCAUCAUGCAAAUGUACGCAUUGAUCUCACAUACCUCGCUUUCAUGCUUUGUACAGUCUGCUUUCCAAACAGCCUCAAUUUUUUGCCGAAUAUAUGUAGAGCUGACCAUUUGUAAGGUCCUCUAAAUUUAUGUUUUUAUUGUCUCUAAUUUGUACUUCGAACAUCACUGAUACAUAGAUUAAUUAUAGUUUUCAUACGAAGGAAUCUCUUUCAA